UCCAAAUAUCCGGUGAUUGGAAGACGUCGUCUGCUUUGUACACUUAAGCUAGUGUAGAGAAGGAGAAGUAGAAGGAUGAAUCAAGCGAAAUUGUCAGACAGACAAACCAACUGUAGGACUCUACUCGGAAAGCAACCAGCACGGACCUUUCUGCUCGACGCCUCGCCCCCUUUACCAGAUCAUCAGCAGGUAGUGACCGACCUGUGUAACAGUCUAGAGAAUGUUCUGUCAGUGGCCUGUAACAUAGCAGGACCGUCCAGGAUGCCUCUGUUCAGUAUGCUGGUACUCACUUCCUACCCAGAGAUGUUACUUCCGCUGUCCUAUGUGAAGAAUAACUUCGUGAGGCUACAACAUGCGUGUGCUGACCUUAGAGAGGCAAUAAAUGACAUCAGGUGCCAUGUUUUGCCCGGGGGUGGAGACUGUGUGGUCCAAGGAUUACAGGAGGCGUGUGCACAGUUUAGGAGACAAACUAACAACACGACCCAGCAAGGAGGACUGUGUAACCAAUUAGAGGUGAUUGUGGUGUCCUGUCGGAAAGCAGAUGUUAUACAGAGGCAGAUAGAGGCCGCAGUGUCGACACUUGCACUGGAUUCUCUUAAGAGAAUUCAGAUUGUUUCAUUAACAAAUCUGGGAUCUGAUUCUAUGAAUGAUGACCAAUCAGAAGACAGCACAAGCCAGGGAAGUGCUACCUCAAACAACAGUGGAAUGAGCAGCAUUGUGGACGUUAUUCACCUUGAUAUAGAUCCGUUGUGCCUACAAAACUUCUUCAGCAGUUGGUUAAUCGACAGCAGCACAGACAGCGAGCACUUGCACAUUGUCCUUCCACCGGCUUUUACAGGGAACACUGACCUUGUCAUCAAAUGUGAUCUGCAUGAGAAAAUGCUUAAUCCAGCACAGCUACCAUUUCAUGGACAAUUUACCUUACAUCCUGACUCUGUUAUGAUGAAAACUUUCCCAACAACCAGUAAAGCCCUUGGCUUAUCAUUGCCUAUAUUCAGGAUACAAGUAAAUGGAUUAAUGAAUGCAAGUGCUAUAUGCGACUCUGUCGUCUUUGGGAUGCCGAUGAUAGCCCAACCUACAGCGUGCUGGAAAAUUGACUGGGAUGACCUAGAAAGGAAUCAACAAACAUUUCAAAGUCUUGUGCAUGUGCUACUGGAAAAAGAAAUGGUAAUGAUGGGUCAGCUGGAGAACGCCCUGCCCAACAUCUCCACAAAGCGCUCUCACGAACAGAAUGAGGACAAACCUCAAGGGUGUUUCGUGUUUUUGCCUGCUAAAAAUGGAACCCUCCUUGUGAAAUCUGUAGCAGCUAAAGAGUUACUGCUACCCUUCCAGCCACCUGCUGCUGUUGAUAAUUGGUCAGAUGAUACAAUUCAGACGCUACAGUCAUCUCUUGAGAAGUUGGAAGUGAUUGACGUUUUCAACCCACUCCUAUGGCCUUCUCGUCUCUAUGAGUGUUUGAAGUCUAAACAAAAGAAGGCAGAGACCAGACAAUCGAAGAAGAGACAAGAUGAUACAACGCCUCAGUCAGCAUCGACAUCAGGUUCUGUUCCAAACCUCCAACGGAAUAGGACAUCCGUGUUUAACCCUCAUGUUUCCAGUGCGAGAAAUUCAAGUACUGCAGUGAUGCAAUCAAAUACCGACAGGUUCCCAAAUACAUUUCGUGGAAAGCCGCUUUUACCGUUCCCUACUGACCUAUGAGAUGUUCAGUUCACAGUGGCAUUCUGGGAAAACAUCCAGCCAUCGCCGUGCGUGUUAUUGUGUGUGUUGUCAAUUAACUAUGCACAGUGAUCAGUUUGUUUGUGUAGCGUAAAACAUUGAAUACAUUGUUUUAAGACUACAACUGUUUGAUAGUGUUCAAGGAAUCGCACCAAUUUUUAUUAAGUUAUUGUUAGAAAAUACGAUCGAUGUGAAUGAUAUUUGAAAUCAUGUAAUGAGGGUAAUUUUUUUUUUUUUAUUUGAAUGUUUGUUGGUUAAUAUGAUGUGAUUCAUUUAUAAUCAAUAUAUUUUCAUUACCGCCUUUGCCUAGAUUAAUUCUGUGAAUUGAUUUAGUUGACAUUUGGAAUUGAUUGAGCAGAUUAAGACCUCAGUGAAUCAAAUUUAAUUUGAAACUUUCAAACAAAGGAAAGAUACACCAUGGUUCUGCAUUGCAAACGUGAUAAUAUUUUUUUAUUUUAAAUACAAAUUAUAAAAAUAUAAAAUUGUUUAUUGUUAUAAGUAGUACACACAUAAAUCCAUAUAGUAGUUAAUAGAUAAACAAGUUCUUGCGAAGGAAAAUAUAAAAUAAAAUGCCAAGUAUACAAGACUGACCGCCAUCAGCCUUGUAUGGUUGUUAUUUUAUUAUAUAUAAAUAUAUAUAUAUAUAAAGGGCAAGGUAGUAAUUACUUUCUUGCCACAUAUACCAAUUUUUCUAAUCCUACAAACAUUCGUUUGCAAGGAUCUAGUAUUAUUUGGGAAGUUACCGUGUGUAUUACUUCUUGCACCCGUAUAUACAUAUUGAUAUAUACUGUUUUUGUAAUGUAAAGCGCCUUAGAAACGCUUGUUGCUAAAUUGAUUCUUUAUCAACAAUGUAAAUUAAUAAAAAUUAUGAU